AUGAAAUAUCGGUAUAAUUACGAGUACGAGUUCUACCGUGGCACCAGUGCUGCAGAAACAGUUCGGAGGAUUAAUGAUGUGUACGGCGCUGGUGUCGCAAAAAAGAUCACGGUACGUUUUUGGUUUCAACGUUUUCGUUCUGGAAAUUUCGACCUUCAGUAUCAACCCCGUAGACGGCCGAAGAUCAAUGUGGAAAAUGAAGAAUUAAAGGCUAUUGUGGAAGGGGAUCCAUCACAAAGCACUUCAAAGAUAACUGCAGGCUUCGGGGUAAGUGACAAAAGUGUAUUAUUAAUCCACUUGAACCAAAUCGGGAAAGUCAAAAAACUUGAACGAUGGGUACCUCAUGAAUUAGUGGAGUGGGUUAAAAAAAGUAGAAGGUUUGACCCAUACGAAAUAGUGUGUAUAAACCCGGAAAAAUAUAAUUUGGGCAGCGUCAGAGUUGGAAAUGUUAUAUUAAUUUUGAGAAGAGGCGAUUACAAGCCGCGGCACGGAUGCAUUUUACACAUAUCUGGCAUCGUAGAGAAUUUGCUGGAACAAAGGGAUUUUCUCGUGGAAGAAUACCUGAGUUUGCCAAAUCAACCGCGCAUGUGUGCCUGCAUGGAUUCCGAGCAUCAUCAAUUUCGAUCGGCCGGCUCUGAGCAGCAGAGCAGUACAAGUUCUAACGGACCUGUUCCACAAGCAAAAGAAGAGAAUAUGCAAAUGCAGAAAAACGAUAAGAGCAGACAUGUACAAAAUCAGUUAUCACAAAAUAGACAUCUUUCGGCUACAGACAAUAGCAAUGUUCAACGUCAUGAUAAGACCCGUUGUUGUAGCCAUCAAUGCGAAAGAAAAUCUACUAAAGACCAAGGUAUUCAAACUGAACCAGAAAAAAAUCCUGCCAUGGAAUAUCUGCGCACGGAAGGAAAUAGAUUGAUAAAACAAAUAUACAGAAAUUUUGUUACAUUGAUUGGAGACGCAGUAGAAAUAGAUGAAAUGAUGAUUGACUAUCCUUAUUUAUGUCGAGCAAUAGGCAUUAAGACUGAUGGAGAAGAUAUUAAAGAAGAAUCUAAUAGGAAUGAUAUAAAUAAUGAAAACGACGCAUCAUUUGAUAAUGAUAUCAACAACGUAAAUGAUAAUAGUACUGUUAAUGACAGUAAUGUACAGAAGAAAAACAAUAAAAUAAAAGAAACAUUACAGGGCAUGAGCAACGCAAAUGCUGAGCAAGCAGAAAAUUCUGCCAACAAUCAAGAAAACUCACCUCCAUCGAAUCCGACUCUUGAGACUCCUAAUAAAAACACACCAGAUAUGGUAUCCAUAGGGAAUGGGUACGCUUGGGUACCAGCGCGGCUGCUAAAUGAAAUGAAUUGGGCUUCGUAUACAACGGCAACUAGGCAGCUAUUGCAAGCUGUUUUUUCGCGCAGAGUAUUGGCAACUCAUUCGCUGACGGGCAAGCAGUCUCCAGCAUUCGCCAACAAGCCAGCAAAGAAGUGCUUGGAUCCGAGGCUGGUGGAGGAUAUCGUGAUAACGGUGUCCACACAAUGCGGGGUGCCCAAGCGCCUCGUUAGGAACUGCAUCACAAUCAAGUGUACUGAUGAAGCCAAGCUGUUCAGGAAGCGCCAGGAGGUUAGACGCUCCCAGCAGACGGAGAGCGGUCAGCAAUCGGAACCAGUUCAGUCCGAUGAAGUAUCUAGUCCGAGUGACAACUAGUUGAGAUUCGGAAAUACUUUAUUUUAAAAUUAAAAUGUAUAACCUUUUUGAUUACUUUUAUAUUAUCUUUAUUAGCAUAAAAAGGUAAAGAAAAUUUUCCUAGAAAAAAACUUGCAGCUUGACAAAUAGUAGAUGAAAUUCGACACGGCCAUUAAGGUCCCAGUAGCAUAUUUGGAAUAAAAUGAUAGUUUAUUCAAAUUAACUUUUUGGAAGCCCUUUUGAAUCGUCCUAAAGAUAUUCCUAUAUUUUUUAAGCUGAUGAGAAGAAUGGACGCAAGAAACUCACCAGCAUUUAACAGAAGUAGCAAAAUUUACAAAAAAAUCCUGUGUUACUAAUACAACGUCCACUCACAUUUUGAUUGCUGUGUCAUACAGUUAUAAAUACAAUUAUAGUAUAAAUAGAAGAAGCUGGUUCGAAUCCCGUCUGAAACCUGUACCGAGUGGAUGUUUUUUCUACAAAAGUUUUCUUUACGUUUAAACAUCUAGCAAUUAAAUGCAUGAAAUUAAAAUAUUAUAAUAAUAAACUUUUAUUCAUCUUGUGACUACGCGAUUAAAAC